CUUUUAGUAACACCACAAUUUACUAACAAGUUACAAUGUUGUCGGCUCGUCCUGUUUUGCGUACUGCUGCCCGUUCUGCCGCCGUUGCUGCCAGAACCUUGAGAGUUGCUCGUCCAACUCUCUUGACUGCUCAACGUUUUGCCUCCGCCAAGGCUGCUCCAACUGAAGUCUCCUCCAUCUUGGAAGAAAGAAUCAGAGGUGUCUCCGAUGCUGCCAACUUGAACGAGACCGGUAGAGUCUUGUCCGUCGGUGAUGGUAUUGCCCGUAUCUUUGGUUUGAACAACAUUCAAGCUGAAGAAUUGGUUGAAUUCGCCUCCGGUGUCAAGGGUAUGGCCUUGAACUUGGAACCAGACCAAGUCGGUGUUGUCUUGUUCGGUUCGGACAGAUUAGUCAAGGAAGGUGAAACCGUUAAGAGAACCGGUAAGAUUGUCGAUGUUCCAACUGGUCCAGAAUUGUUGGGUAGAGUUGUCGACGGUUUAGGUAACCCAAUCGAUGGUAAGGGUCCAUUGAACGCUUCCUCUUCCUCGAGAGCUCAAGUCAAGGCUCCAGGUAUCUUGCCAAGAACCUCUGUGUUCGAACCUAUGCAAACUGGUUUAAAGUCUGUUGAUGCUCUUGUCCCAGUCGGAAGAGGUCAAAGAGAAUUGAUCAUUGGUGAUCGUCAAACCGGUAAGACCGCCGUCGCAUUGGACACCAUCUUGAACCAAAAGAGAUGGAACAACGGUGCUGACGAAUCCAAGAAGUUGUACUGUGUCUACGUUGCCGUUGGUCAAAAGAGAUCCACUGUAGCCCAAUUGGUCCAGACCUUGGAACAAAACGAUGCUCUUAAGUACUCCAUCAUUGUCGCUGCCACUGCCUCGGAAGCCGCUCCAUUACAAUACAUUGCUCCUUUCACUGCCUGUGCUAUUGGUGAAUGGUUCAGAGACAACGGUAAGCACGCUUUGAUUGUCUACGAUGACUUGUCCAAGCAAGCUGUUGCCUACCGUCAAUUGUCAUUAUUGUUGAGACGUCCUCCUGGAAGAGAAGCUUACCCUGGUGAUGUUUUCUACUUGCACUCUAGAUUGUUAGAAAGAGCUGCUAAGAUGUCUCCAGUCCACGGUGGUGGUUCUUUGACCGCUUUGCCAGUCAUUGAAACCCAAGGUGGUGAUGUUUCCGCUUAUAUUCCAACCAACGUUAUUUCCAUUACCGAUGGUCAAAUUUUCUUGGAAGCUGAAUUGUUCUACAAGGGUAUCAGACCAGCUAUUAACGUCGGUUUGUCCGUCUCCCGUGUCGGUUCUGCUGCUCAAGUCAAGGCCAUGAAGCAAGUCGCUGGUUCCUUGAAGUUGUUCUUGGCCCAAUACAGAGAAGUCGCUGCCUUCGCCCAAUUCGGUUCCGAUUUGGAUGCCUCUACCAAGCAAACCUUGAACAGAGGUGAAAGAUUGACCCAAUUAUUAAAGCAAAAGCAAUACUCUCCAUUGGCUGCUGAAGAACAAGUCCCAUUGAUUUUCGCUGGUGUCAACGGUUUCUUGGACGAGAUUCCUCUUGAAAGAAUCGGUGAAUUCGAAGAAUCCUUCUUGGCUCACUUGAAGGCCAACGAAACCGAAAUCUUGGAAGCCAUCCAAGUCAAGGGUGAAUUGUCUAAGGAAUUGUUGGAAAAGUUGAGAUCCACCACUGAAACUUUUGUUUCUACUUUCUAAGUCUUUUAGUAAACUUUAUCACCACCAAAAAUGAAUAGAAGAACGUCGCAUUGAAAUCAAUUCAUGGUGUUUUGUUUUCUGGUGUUUAAUUCUUGGAAGACAUAUGUAAUGUUUUCUCUAUUCUCUUUAGAUGACUCCACUUCCGUUUUCAGGCAUUUAUUUGAACUUUGAUUUAUUGCUAUUUUUUUACUAAGGUGUCGGCUGGUUUCCUUCGGGGAGCUACUUGCACAUCAAAAAAGAAAAUACUCAUAUAUAAGAAAUACAAGUAUUCCGUAUU